AUGCAUGUAUGAAUUAAUUGUAAUUACUAUACUCAAAGUUUUAAUCUUUUUAAAGAACAAAUGGAAUGUUAUGCGGCUUUGUCAAAAUACUUGUUUGCUUAGCGUUAAUGCAAUGGCACAGUAAAUGUUUAUUUUUCAGAAAAGAAAAACGAUAUUUGGCAACUGAAGUGAUGAAGUGAAAGUUAAAACGGAUUAUUAGAAGGGAGUUAAUAGAGGAAGAUGAUGUUGUUUAAGAGGAUGCUGAAGGGAGCAGCUCUCACAUCUACUGUUGCUCCACCCACCGCAGCUGGGCUUUGGUACACGUUGGUCGCCACGGAAGAUCAAAGAUCAUGCAGCAGAGCAAUUUUAGAGAGUUUACCAGUUGUACUGCAGGGAGGGUUACUCAGGUUCGGCAGGACACUUACCAAGGGUGUUUUAGUUGGGUUGGAUUACAAAUACUCACUGUGGGGACUAGAUGAUCAAUCUGAAGAAUACCAGGAUCAGAUCUCAAUUGUUCACAGUCGGUCAGCCCAGCGAAUUCUUGACAUAUGUUUGGCAAAUGGAGGUUUGUACAUCAAGUUUGGUCAGGGGUUAGUCAGCAUGAACCAUGUUCUACCCAAGGAGUACCUGGAGACCUUGAAGGUACUGCAGGACAAGGCACUGAAGAGAACCUUACAGGACGAGGUUGAUACCAUUAUACUCCAGGACUUUGGCAAACCUAAAGAAGAAUUGUUUGCGGAGUUUAGUGCUGUUCCUAUUGCCGCGGCAAGUUUAGCUCAGGUUUUUCGCGCCAAAACUUUAGAAAACCAAGAUGUCGCUGUUAAAGUACAGUACAUAGACUUAAGAGACCGGUUUCUCAGUGAUGUUACCACAAUGGACUGUGUUUUAGACUCUAUUCAGAUAAUGCACCCCAAGUUUGCCUUCAAGUGGGUGAUGGGGGAACUAAAGGGAACUCUAGAAAAUGAACUUGAUUUUUUAAAGGAGGCAAAAAAUUCUCAACAAUGUGCAAAAGAAUUAGUAAAAUUUGAUUAUCUCUAUGUGCCUAAAGUUCACGAAAGUCUGACAAGCCAUAGGGUGCUAACAACAGAAUUUAUCGAUGGAAUAAAAAUUAGUGAUCGUGACAAAAUCCUAGAAAACGGAAUGUCUUUAACAGAUAUUGACAAAAAAAUUUUGCGGAUUUUUUCCGAACAAAUUUUCCACGCUGGAUUUGUUCAUGCUGACCCGCAUCCUGGAAACCUGAUGGUGCGGAAAGUACAAAAUAAACCCCAAAUAGUACUACUAGAUCAUGGAUUGUAUGAAUACUUACCUCCAAAUAUAAGAUCAUCUCUGUGUGGCUUAUGGGUUGCUGUAGUUGAAGAUAAUCACCAGGAGAUGAGAAGGUACUGCAAAGAGUUGAAUGUAGAUGAUUACCGACUGUUUGCUAUGGCACUGACACAACGUUAUGUGAAACCUACCCAGGAGGAUCUGGAGAAGGAUGUGUUGGCCCAGUUUAUGAAUAAGCAAGGUCCUAAAAAGUUUAACCGGAAAGAGUUUAAUAAACUUCCGGAGGAUGAGAAGGAGAAACUAAGAGCCGGUAUCCGGGAUUUCCAUGACAGGAUGCUGGAUGUGUUCCAGAGGAUCCCACCCAGGCUCAUGCUCAUCAUGCGCAACCUGAACACCAUCAGAGCGAUAAUCAAGGAUCAUGGAAGUGGUGUAGAGAGAUAUCGCGAGAUGGCCCGUGUAGCAGUAAGUGGUCGAUACAGUGGAGGAUUCAAGGGUAACCUCGCCAUCCUCGUGUUCGACCUCAGGCUGGCCUGGGACUGGGUCAAGAUGGGGUUCAUGAAGAUUGGGUUUAGGGUUGCUCUAUCUCUAGGAUAUAUACCAGAUCUAUUGGAGGACCUGGAGAACAAAUAGAAAUUCUAACCAAAAGGAACUGAACACUUUCAUCAUCUCGAAUUUUUAAAUCCUCAUGCAACCUGGUGUUUUAGACCUUUGAUAUUAUAUUUGAUCAAACAGUUAAAGUUUGAAAUAUCUAAGACUCAUGCCAUCAGGUUGCAAAGAUAUAGGAAUUGUAAAUCCAAGUUUUCAGUUCUAUUCAGAAAACGUGAUUCACAUAAUCUCCUUUUCGUUGAUUUACUAAUUUCUAGCGUAAGACUGAACCAAGGCUAGUGCAUGAUUAUUUACUUGAGUCCAAAUAAUGCUUCCAUCCAGAAAGUUCUAGUUUUGAAAUUUUGUUUUUAUUACAAAAUAUUUACAUAAUGCUCAUUGCUCAUUUGUUGAAAAUAGUCAGAAUCAU